AUGCUCUCGCUUUUCGGCCUCCUCCCCCUCCUCGCCUUGAGCGCGGUGGCAGCUCCGGCCCCGCUCACCGAGCGCGCCGCCUGUACAAUGAACUGGAAGGGCAGGACGCUCACCGGUGCCACCGACGGCAACGCCUGUCGCUACACUGUCAAGUACGGCUCUGCCUCUCGUUGGGCCCACUCGUCGGCUGCUAGCUCCACGCCCAACAACGCCGCCGGCUGGGCCCCCCGCUGCCCUCAGGCUCACGCGUUCCCCGCCGCGACCAACACCCAGUCCGAGGACUGCCUGUACCUGACCAUCUGGGCUCCCUCGUCUGCGUCACAGAACUCCAACCUGCCCGUCUACGUCUACGUCCCCGGCGGCAGCAACAUCGACGGCAGCGCUGCCGACGACGGCAUCGACGGUGCCUCAAUGGCGUCCCAGGGCCUCGUCGUCGUGCACGCCCAGACCCGUAUCGGCGUGCUCGGUUUCCUCCCUCCGUCGUGGAUGCGUGUCUCGGACCCCAACUUUGCCUUGCGCGACAUGCUCCUCGCCCUCCGUUCCAUCAAGGACAACAUCGUCGGUGCCGGCGGAAACCCCUCGGCGGUCACGCUCGGCGGCCAGUCGUCCGGUGCGCUUAUCGCGCAGUCCAUGCUCGGUGUGCCUGAGGCGGCGGGUCUGUUCCAGCGCAUCAUCCUCCAGUCCGGCCCCAUGAACGUGGGCACGCAGAGUGCGGCGCAGACGAGCGCCCUCCAGAAGCUCUUCUACGAGGACAUUCUCCACUGUCACGACAAGCGCUGCGCGCAGAACAAGUCGGCCGCCCAGCUCAUGACCGCCACCGCCAAUGACCUCGUCAACAUGGCACCCAACAUCGAGGGCGUGCCUUAUGCGGCCUUCGUGCGCCCCGUCUUCGGCACCCCGACUCUGCCCCAGGACCCCUCGAACGUGCUCAUGAACAAUCCCGCGCAGCUCGCCGUCAAGCCCCAGCAGGUGCUCGUUACCACCGUCCUUAACGACGGCGGGGCCGGCGCGGAUGUCAUGACGCCCAUCCCUGGCGGUGGCCCGCUCGGCACCAACCUCAGGCGACGCGACUACACCCCCGCCGAGGCGUACCUGAACGUCCUCCGCUUCCAGGUCGGAUCGCGCGCCGACGCCGUUGCGGCGCAGUACCCGCUCCCCGCGGGUGUCGAGAUCGGCCCGGGAAUGACGCACGAUCGAGCGCGCCUUCACGGACGGCGGAUUCCGGUGCCCCUCGCGCGCUCUCGCGUCCAAGGCGGCAACCACGCCAACAACCAGGGCCUGACGUACUGCGACAACCACGUCUGCCACAUGGACGACGUCUACGCGUGGUGGGGCACGGGUCCCACAGGCUCAGACGCAUUCAGCCAGGACGUGCAGGGCCGCGUUGCGUCGUUUGUCAAGAACGGUAACCCCGGCUCGGGCUGGAGUGCGUACAACGGCAACAACGUCUUCGCUAUUGGUGGUGGCCAGACCGAGUCUUGCCCCGCUGGCUUCUGGGGUGGCCAGGUCAAGUUCGACUUCCAGCUUUACAGCCAGUAG